AUGGUCAAUCCCGUUAAGAAAACCAAGAUUGUUAAGAAACGUAUUCUGCCAUUUAAAAGGCAUCAGUCUGAUCGUUAUAAAUCAGUAAAGGAAGCAUGGAGGAAACCGAAGGGUAUUGAUAAUCGUGUUCGACGUCGGUUCAAAGGUCAACGUCCAAUGCCUAAGAUCGGUUACGGUUCGAACAAAAAAACUCGUCAUUUGAUGCCUAACGGUUUUAAAAAGUUCCUCAUUUCUAACGCCAAAGAAUUAGAAUUGUUACUUAUGCAUAAUAAAACAUAUGCUGCUGAAAUUGCCCAUAAUGUGAGUUCAAAGAAUCGGAUCGCAAUUAUUGAAAGGGCACAACAAUUAAAUGUUAGAGUCACAAACGCUAAGGCUCGUAUUAGAACCCAAGAAGUCGAUUAA